GGCGGAUGGCGUCUCAGGCCGCGACUCUCUCCGCCACCGAGGGAGAGCCGCGGGUCUCUCCGGCCCCUCCUCUGUCCACGACGCCAAGCCUAAGCAAAUGAUACCAUGUUGGAGAGUAUAAUGAGAUGUAUUCCUCCAAACCCUGGAUGGGUGGGAUAUAUAGUUCCUAUACAUGGGCCUCUAUACAUGGGCUCACAUAUACACCAACAAUAUGAUAUCCCCCUUUCGCAAAAAAAAUCUGAAGGGAAAAAUACAUUUUCGCCAAAUGAGCUAUGCUUGGGUGUUGAUUGGUUUAUUUCAAUGUGAAAAAGGGAUCUUUAAUGCAUUUUCAUCCAAAUUCAGUUAUCUGACAGCAAUUGACAGAAAAACACACACAACUAUAUAGUUGAUUUGUAAAUUGAUGUUUCAUGCAACACAACUCUAAAGGGAAGAUCACUUCAGCAAUUAUCUCUGCACCACAGUAGAGAGACGAGAGUUAAAAGGGAAGAUCACUUCGGCAAUUAUUUCUGUAUCACAGGGAGACAGACAAGAAUUUUAAAGGAAGAUCAAUUCAACCAGCAAUUUGGUUACAGUUGACCGCUGGUGGAUCGAGUCCACGGUAACUGACCGGCCGCCAUGGACAGCGAGGCGCUCCGCAUGGUCUGCUCGCCGCAGUUCUGGCGCAUGGCCGUCCUCUGGAGCAUCUCCCUCCUCCACUCCUACCUCCUCGUCUUCCUCCGCAGCCGGGCCGCGUCCACCCCUGGCCUCCGGCGACCGCGGCCCGGUGCCGGCCGACGCCCCAUCUGCGUGGUCACCGGGGCGACUUCGGGGCUGGGCAGGGCGGCGGCAAUGGCGUUGGCGCAGGAGGGCUACCACGUCGUGCUCGCUGGACGUUCCACGCAGUUGUUAUAUGAGACUGUUCAAGAAAUUCAGAGGCAACAACCAGAUGCCCGUCUUGAAGCAUUUCAACUUGACUUGGCAUCAUACAAGUCAAUAAAGAAGUUUGGAAGUUCUCUGAAGCAGUGGAUUCAGGAGACAAAUUCAGAGCCUGCUAUCCAGCUUUUGAUUAAUAAUGCCGGCAUAUUAGCAAAGUCGCAUCGAGUAACCAGGGACGGGCUUGAUGAGAUGAUACAGACCAACUACAUUGGUCCCUUCAUCCUGACGAGCAUUCUUUUACCAUUGCUGAAGAACAGCUCAUUACCUUCUCGAGUGGUUAAUCUAACAUCUUUCACACACAGAUGUGUAUCAGGUAUUGAUGUGUCUGAGGAUGCAUUGAGAGGGAUGAAAUUUGGUCCGUGUUCAGUAGGAGAAAGCUACUCCUUAGCUUCUACUUAUGAGUAUACCAAACUUUGUAUACUGAUGUUCUCAUAUGAGCUUCAUCGACAGCUUCACAUAUCAUCUGCCGUCUCUGUCAUUGCUGCUGAUCCUGGUGUUGUGGAAACAAAGAUCAUGCGAGAGCUUCCCAAGUGUCUUUCGUGGUUUGCGUUCUUUGUUCUGCGCUUCCUGAAUCUCCUGCAGGAACCUGGUACCGGAGUUGGUUCCGUCCUUGAUGCUGCUUUGGCGCCGCCUGAAGAAUCUGGGAAGUAUUUCUUCGGUGGGAAAGGGAGAACUAUCAGAUCCUCCCGACUGUCGUACCACACGGAAGUAGCCAAGAAGCUGUGGGCAGAAUCAUGGGCGGUGUUCAAGGAUCUGCAGCUUAGAGAAGGCGAUUUUGGGAACGGUUAAAAGGAAUACGGAAAACCUCAUAACUCUGGCAUGCUGUGAUUUUUUCUUUUGUAUGGUCGAUUUUGGCCCGCCCUUGUAGUGCAAUGAAACACCCGCGCGCUGCUCCUGAUAGCAACGAACAAUGCGGCAUCUGCUGCUCCACGCAUUAUCUCACUCCCAAGACUAUUAACCCUUCGCCGGUAAA